AUCAGGCACGAUGCCACGGGUCUUCGAAUUGAAACAUCAAAAACGCGGGUGAUCGAAAUCGAACGAGGUCGCAGCGGUUCAAAAACUCGAAAGCAAAAACCCUUUCACAGACACCACAUGAAGCGCGUACUCGUACCGGUACAUGGGACUCGACCACAACGCAAACCCAACAAACCACCGAAGGAUGGCGAAUUCUAGCAGUACUCGGACCGCGGCGUUGUUGUCGUUGUUUUUCCUGUGGACAGGAACCCAUUGCUGCUCGUUCUUCGCCGAGGCCUGGCCGGUGUUGCCGGUGUCGAGGACGGAGCCGUCCUCGCGCKUGUUCCUGAGUUUUUUCGAAAAGAACAUCGACGACGACGCGAAGAAGGACAGCAAUCGAAAGAACAGCAGCAACAAUAACCAUAACAAUAACCAUAACCAUAACCAAGAUCCGCAGUAUAACCCCAUAAGAAAGAGACGCCCCGGACACAUUGGCAGCAAACGCAACAGUCUGAAUGCCUACGAUUACGGAUUUUCGAACCGCAUCGAUUCGUCCCAGCCCCGCCCGAACGCAAGUACGAACCAUCGCCAUCGCCGAACCGUCGCCACGAACCAGCCGAGGUUUUUUACCGACCGGGAGGGAACGGGCGGCAGGSUUYGGAGAGGGAGACCCCCGAUGCAAAGGCAGAGGMGGCGGCAAGCGGGGCCGAGGAGACGAAGCGYYAUGGAAUUCGGUAUGGAAGACCUCCGCCGACCCGGGCAGCAGUGGCAACCGCCGAUGCCCCAGGGAACGAUUCCCACUCCGAGCCGGGGCGACCGCGGUGGCAGCCGAGGUCGGAACCGGUACCAUCCCGGAAGCUCCCGGCCCGGCCGGACMGCGCCGUCUACGCAGAGUCCUUUUUCGCGUGCGUAUUCUUCCUUUUCGUCGACGACCACCACCCGGAGAGCCUACUCUUCCUUUUCGUCGACGACUACCACCAGGAGACGAACCUCGCGGCAACCGAGCGGCGAACCCUUUGUCUACUUCUCGACGACAACGGCGUCGUCGACGCACCGUCCCCGGAGUCGCCCUUACCAACGCCGCCCACUGACCGAAAAYCCGGGUAUGUAUUCCCGCUCCUCCUCUCGUCCCGAAAUGUUCGAUCCCGUUUACGACGCCUUGCAGCAGAGACGGYGGCAGCAGCAACACGAGCAGCAGCGGCGGCGAGAGCAGGUGGAACAAAGCACAAGUUCUCCGGUCACCAACGCCGACCAAUCCGGUGGGAAGAACCAAACCGCGGCCUCUGAGACCGAUGCCAACAGCGAGUUUCAAAGCGUGCUGGAUCAAGCCGCGAUUGUUUUGCGAAAGCAUCUCGAUCUCGGCGUGAACGAACACAUUGCAGUCGGGCCCAUCAUUUCCCAAUCCUCGUCCUUUGCGACCACUGCCAGUUUUGGAGUGGACUCGUUCUACGCAAACAAUGCAAACCAGAGAAUGAUGGUCCGAACGCUCGAGGCUAGGCUCGAUGGGUGCCAUUCUCCCUGGAUCACGGCGACACUCACGGUGGACGAGAAUGACGAGCUCUCCGAGAUUCGUCUCCGGUCGAACGAUGGUCGAUCGGACAGGGUUCCGAUCCAAUCCUCUCGAGGCCGAAGCGGGAUGAACAGCGGAGUCGCAAACGGAGCCACCGACAGCGAUAUCAACCGCAGCGGCAGUGGCGCUAGCAACCAGAAUAGCAUCGACAGAAGCUUUAUCGACGUUGAAAUUAUCGACGAUGACGAAGAUGAGGAAGACUAUGAUUACGACUACGACUACGACUGCGACGAGGAUCAAGACGACGGGGAAGACGAGUCUUGGAACGAUGGUGAGGGGGAAGAAUCGUGCGGUGACGUCGACGACAUGGACGAAUCGUGGAAUUCCGAGCAUGGGAGAUCAUGGGAUUCCGAUGGGUAUGAAGCAUCCUGGGGAGACGAYGGCGACAAUGGAGACGCACCGUGGAAUCCGGGCGAGGGGGGAGCAUCCUGGGGGGAAGAAGCCUGGAAGUCGGACAUUGACCGCGAAUAACUCAGUUCUGAGAAGGGCACGCGAAGCCUAUGGUUCUAGCGAAACAAAAUGGAUUCGAACACCGAUGCGAUACGAACCGAAGGCGUUUUAUUUCUCCUACGGCGCCCCACYUCGUAGUUCUGUUUCGGAGUUGGUGGGGGCUGGAACGGAUUCGAGCUGUCACGUGCCGUGCACAGAGCAACGUCUCGAAGCCCUUUCUCGCGGGACUCUUGUUUCCACACGACCUCGCGUCCGAACACUUUCCGGAGGUUGCGGCAGGGGAAUGCCCGAACCACCGUCCCGCAACCGCAMCCGCGGCAAGCUUGAUCGCUCGAUGGGAUCCCUUCGGGGGGUUGGUUGGCCCCGGUUCAAAACCGUAGAGAUGUCGUCUCCACGGCGGCCGCGAAACAAACCCAUCGAUGGCAAGGACAGCCGCAACAACGCACACUUCCUUUGCAAUUUUUUUAAUGCUGUGUCGCCGUUCUAUUUGUUCUUCGGCAUCUGUGCGUGGACGAGGRUUCCUCUUUUGUUGGUUCUAAAGGCAUUGGUGCUACUAGUCAGGGGKCACAAGACCGACCUCUGCUACUAGUAGCAGUAGAAGGAAGGACCAUGACAACGAAUCUCCCCUUGUCUCGUACAGUACAUUAUACUAGCGCUUCUAUUAUUUAUUUUGCGAUGUGUCAUAAAUGUGCUAGUUCUAA